AUUUCCACCUUCUUUGCAUUUACAGUUAAAGUCGAGACACAGAGUCUGCAGAGUUGCGAUGCCAAAACGACCAGCGGCGCCCUUUGGCGCAGUUGUGGCCCACUACUCCGCCCCCAGAAGACGAAUUUCAUUGAAAAACAAUCGAAAAGGGAAGAAGAAGAACAGACCCUGGACUGGUGGUGGGGGUGGAACAGCUGUUCGUCUGGAAACGGCAUUUGGACACUGGCUUCUGGUGCGUGUGCCGUGGGGAAUGGGGCCUUUUUCACCUCUGCCUGUACCAUCCUGCUGUUCUCGCCAGGAGCCAGCAGCAUGGGUGCAUCUACUGACCAGCAACAUCUACUGCUCCGAUACGGAGGCUCAUCUCAUCGAGGUAGCCCGCCUGGAUGGCAGCAGUCGGCGUGUGCUCUUGUGGAAGGGGGUGGAGAAGCCGCGUUUCCUUGUCUUCGAGCCGCGUCGCGGCUCUGUACAUGGACAGAGUCGCCUCGGACUCCAUACGCCGCGCCACGACGGGCGAAUCCGAGCUGUAAUCAUGGCCGGGAGCUCAUAUUCGACCAGGAGACGAGACGCCUCUACUGGAUGGCAAGAAGCGUCGGAUACUGGUUGGUAGCUAGGACUAAGUGUACUGGAGCGCCUGGAGCACCGGGGAUAUUGAUCAAGACGGGCCAGAGCCGCAGCCUCGCCAAGGACGUGCCCUGCAUCCCCCCAGCUACGCCAGACUGCCAGAAUGUGUCGUUGCCGGUGUCCGGCAAGAAUAUCCGUGCCGAGCUUCUUGGGCGAACUCGCAGAAGCCUCGCAACAUUGCCGUGCAUGCCAUGAAGAGGAGACGUCUGCUUUUCUCGAAAGAUGUCGGCAGCCAUGAGACCAUCAUUUGGGCCCGAGUCGAUGGCAAUGAGGGUGUGGACCAACAGUACGAAGAAGUUAUAGACAUCAAUGGAAAGAACAA